AAUUGGUGCCAAAGUUUCUAUUUUCAGAGUGUUUUUCCGUGCGGGACGGUGUGUUUUGAACUCGUCCCAUAAUAACCUUGUCGACAGUGUCCAAACCCAUCAUGUUCAUUGCUCUCCAGCCGAGCAAGCAGGCACUUGGACAUCAUGUUCGACGCGUAUCUUGAAGACUAUGAACAUGCCCGAGAAGAGGCACUCAAGGCUAUCGACGAGUAUUCGCGCGCUUCGGAUCCAGGUAAAAUGAUGUUUCCAUAACAGUGUGGCAGGCAACGGCUAAAUGUAAAUUUUCUUUGUAGCCAAGCGCGAGGAGCUCGUUGUGACCGCGAAAACCUGCGUUGAUGAAGUCGAACGAUACGUACGAGUCAAUGCUCACACUCAAGCUGUUUGUGGUGACCAUAGUUGACGUUUGUGGCACAUGUGUUGGUAGAUUCGCAUUUUGGAGAACGAAGCGAAGAAUGGUUCGACCCCUGCAGUGAAAAGGAAAAUGAUGGAGCAAGUGCGCAACUGUCAAACCAAAUGGACCGGUUUGAAGACUGCUUUGGAGAAGGAAAUCUUGGUGGGCGACGCUCGUGCCGGAAAAUCUUCCGACUCCUGGAAAGAUGCCACCACGAAAGAGCAAAUGGAACGCUGCGUCGAACGUAUCGACAGAAAUGGACGUCAUUUGGAUGAAGCGCAGCGUACCCUCGCGCACACAGAAGCCAUCGCGGAAAAUGUUGCCAACAACUUGCUGCAGCAACGCAAUCAACUUGAACAUACCGAGCUCAAUGUGCAACAAAUGCAAGAAGACACUGACGAGGCAAAGGGCUACAUCCGAUCCAUGGCGUGCAAGGCUAUUACCAGUCGAAUUUUGCUGUUGUUGGUAAUAUUGGCCCUCGCCCUCGCCAUCGUACUGGUUUCGUACUACAAAUGGUACCCGCGCAACAAGAAGGACUACCUGGGCAUCUUGCCAAAUUCGAGCACCUCUGCUUCCGGUAGUGGAUAACCAACCUACCAUCUGAGAAAGAAUGAGAAAAUAAGGGGAUGGCAGGUUAUUCGACAUUUUAACUCCAAGGAAGCAACAUUUAAUUUAGUAAAAAAAAAAAAGAGAAGCACAUCCCGUUCAACUAAAGCGUCUCGUAGAAAUACACGUAAAUUUUGUUUGGCUGUU